UUCGGUCGCCUAUUGCAGUUUAGCUGUACACCGCACAAACAAAUGAACGUAUAUAUAUGAGUAUAGCCAGACAUACACAACACCUUUUAAAUGUCAAAUUGUACCAUAUAUAGUAGCGCAUCAUUUAUACACAUGUAGUGCAUAUUUACGCAUUACGCACACGUACAUAUGCAUAUAUUAUACGCAUAGUGCACAUACACAUUGCAGAUGCAUGUUAGUGUUGAUGGCAUUACACAUGCACACGCAGUGUAUAUAACCACUCUUUGCAUGUGUUCUGAAAUGCACGAUUAAAAUAUACUUCGAUGUAAAGAAGCAUUUUUUUUCAGAAUGUCCAGUUAUACACAGAAUUAUAACCCACAAUACACUUAGGCUAUUGCGUGAUCCGCUAACAAAUCGCGGAUCACGCAUGAAGGCAGAGUGACGUUUCACUUUAACAACUGAACACACACGUUCACACAGCGUGGCCCAAAACAAGUAGCAAAAACAACAACAACAACAACCUCAAGCACACUCCAUCCCAUCAUCGGUGACUUUGCCCAAAGGGAAGAAAACAAGAUUGUAAAUAGUCGGCGACGUUUCGGACGAUGUGCCUUCCUCCGUAGCAGAGAGCUAAGCGAUGCCUGAGAGGGUGACAGCGAGACUCACGACAGCUUUGACAUCUCACGUGUGCGCACACACUCACACACUCACUCACACUCACUCAUACACUCACUCACACUCACUCACACACUCACUCACACUCACUCACACUCACUCACACUCACUCACACACAAUCACUGACACUCACUCACACUCACUCACACUCACUCACACACUCACUCACACUCACUCACACACUCACACACACUCAUUCACACUCACACACACUCACACACCACACUCUCACACUCACACACACUCACACACUCACUCACACUCACUCACACUCACUCACACUCUCACACACUCUCACACACACUCACUCUCACACACACUCACUCUCAUACACACUCAGUCACACACACUCACACACACUUACUCUCACACACGCUCACUCACUCACACACACUCACACACUCCCACACUCUCACACUCACACACACUCACUUACACUCACACACACUCACACACUCACUCACACACACUCACACACACACUCACACACUCUCACUCACACACUCACUCACACACACUCACUCACACUCACUCAAUCACACACGAGCUGAGACUGACCAUCUGUGGGCGUGCUGUGUGCGAUCAGUGUAUUACAGACCGGCAGUCGGGUGCGUCGUAUCGACAAGCUUACGAGGGUGUGUGUAUGUGUGUGGGACACACGAUGCCAUGAGCCUGCCCGGCGCCGUGGUGUUGAUCAUCGGAGUCGCUCUCUGCUGGAUGUCGCGCGUGGUGCUGCUUGUGGUGGCAGCUGGAGGAGGAGGAGGAGGAAGAGACUUCACGGCACAAGACAUCGUUCACCUUUACCCAGCCACAACCCCAUUUCCUGGUGGCUUCAAAUGCUUCACGUGUGAAGAUGCCCGUGACAAUUACGAUUGCAAUCGCUGGGCCCCGGAUGUCUUCUGCCCACAAGGCUCGCGCUACUGCUACACGCGCCACCUCAUGGACGGGCUCGGCGCCAGCGAGUCGGUCACCAAGCGCUGCGUGGCCGUGCACGACUGCGUCGGGACCACGGGGUGCCGGACGCUCGCCGACGCGGCGCGCCGCACGGAGUGCGUGUCGUGCUGCGAAGGAAACAUUUGCAACCUCCCCGUGCCACGCAACCACUCGGACGCGGUCUUCUCCACCGAGACUCCGGUGUGGCCGUCUGGCGCGUCGCCGUGCCGCUCGGCACGCUGGCCGGUGCUCUGCGCGCUCCUCGGUGCGCUGAUGCUGCCGGUGUGAGGAUUGGCACCACGCUGGCUGGAACUGCUGAUGCUGCCGGCGUGAGGACUGGCACCACGCUGGCUGGAACUGCUGAUGCUGCCGGCGUGAGGACUGGCACCACGCUGGCUGGAACUGCUGAUGCUGCCGGCGUGAGGACUGGCACCACGCUGGCCGGAACUCCUGAUGCUGCCAGCGUGAGGACUGGCACCACGCUGGCUGGAACUGCUGAUGCUGCCGGCGUGAGGACUGGCACCACGCUGGCCGGAACUGCUGAUGCUGCCAGCGUGAGGACUGGCAACACGCUGGCCAGAACUGCUGAUGCUGCCAGCGUGAAGAUUGGCACCACGCUGGCUGGAACUGCUGAUGCUGCCAGCGUGAGGACUGGCACCACGCUGGCCGGUGCUGCCGCUGAUGCUGACAGCGAAAAGACUGGCGCCACGCUGAUGCCCAACGUGAGCCGUACCCAUGCAAGGGCCAGUGGCAGGCGAUGGAAAAAAACGAAUCGGCGUUCGGGGAGCAAGAGGCCAACGGCGAUGUGGAGUUCUCGCUCAUCCGGGCCACGUGCUGCAAGUUGCCGUUUCGCCGGUGUGACUUGACGCAACAACAGCCCUUUACCACUCCACUGCUGGAUGGCAGCCCGGUCAAGCUAAACAACACUUUCUUUUCCACGGGAGAUCAAUAAGGCAGUAAUGUACCGGUUUAUUACAUCGAAAUUUUUGUUUUAAACCAAACAUCAAAGCUCAGAAAGAUCAAAAUAUUACAUAAAAACACAUUAAACGAAUAUACAAUUAAUUUGAAUAGGAAACUUUAAUCAGAAUACUUAUUUAUACUGGAGGAAUCCCAUGAGCUAUAAAGCUCUUUUUCAAAGAUGUCAAAACGUUACAACAACAAACAAACUAAACGAUAGGAGUGCAAAGUGUAGGCGAAGGCUGUACAAGUUUACAUAUCAGUUUAGGGUUUCUGUAAAGAUACAUUUUGAAUGAGGGGUGGAGAUAUAAUUGAGCAACAAUCACGUUCGUGUUGCCCCAGUCAUUGAUUGAAUUGCCCGUUAAAUCCUCACUCAGGCAGAGAUGCAAUAUUGUUACAUACUGUGAGUAUCAUCUGUGCGUCAAGUAAAGCUCAAAACUGGCUUUGCUAUUUAUUUUCGGUGUUAAAAAAGUUGACUCGUUUUGUAGCAAAAAAAAAAAGAGACGAAGUAUGAAAUAUCGCGUUGUAUUUUUUUUUAAAGAUUCGCGUUAUUUUUGUCAACAAAAAUUUUAAUAUGCAGGACAAUCACAAAUGUCGUGGGGAGUUGCAUUAAGAUAUUAGGAGCAGUUGGAACCUUCACGUGUCCAUUCACCCGCGUUUCCAGUUCGUGCGGAUGUGAUUUGCUUCAUGUCGCCAAUAAACCUUCAACCAUUCAGAAAAAAAAAUUGUAACAAAAAAAUCGUGCACACGUGUGGAUUCCGUAACGCUUCCCAAUGCCCGUUUGUCAUCGUAAGUAUUUAAUUAGCAGUGCGUAACCCGACGGAUGGACAGGUAGCCGUCAGAGUAAAACGCGUUCAUAUAUGUUUUCGAUGGUCCUUUUAUACUCCAGAGCAGUGGUUCUUCUUAAUCUGGGGGUGCGAGACACGGGCAGAUUUUUUUAGAAGGUAAAUCAUCGAAAACACAAAUUAAGCACGGUGCACGUUGAGUACAGCUACUUUAACGCGUAAUCAAAGUGUUUGGGUUACGCGGUCUUUAUUAUGUACACCUUCUUUGUUUCAUCAAACCCAUCUAAUUAUUAUCAACACUUUUUUUAACGAUCGAGAAGCAAUGGGCUGCAAGGCUGCAGCAAAGGUGAAGAAGCACAUUGCUCUAGACUCGAGGACUGUGCCUUCAAAUGUUGGGCAAUUCAUCGAUCAAAUUGGCCGAUUUUUUUAAUCCUUUAUAUUAAGUUCACUUGCUUGCUUGCUUGCGCGCUUACGACCGUGCAAAUCUUUCGGUCGUUUUUUAACCCACUUCCCGUGAUCCAAUCGAGCUGACAUUUUGCACACAGACUCGUUGUGCGUGACAAUUAAUUUUCGUGAAUUUUUUUUUACAAAUUUUUACACUUUUUAGGAAUUUUUUUUUUAUAUUUAAUUACCAAUUGCUUAAUGGUGGCAGGCAAUCAUCUGACCCAUAAGUAGCAGCCAUCUCAAGCCAGAGGACGAGAGGACUCUAGCCGCCACGCAUAUAAAGGAUUUAUAGUGAAAAACUUUGUUUUUACGGGUUAAUUUCCAAAAUACAAUACACGUGACUACGCCAACACACCCGUAGUAUACUCAUGCGCAGCUCAUGGUGGACAGCGUGUGCGAGAGUUAUCAUAACCCUCCUCAUUAAGGGGUGGACAAACAGACGCACAGAGCUAACACACGCAAUCUCCGGUCGCCCUUAGUUUCAAAAGGUUAAAAAGGUUAUCUUCCUGCUAUAAUUCACGAACCAUGGCCCCUUGGCUUGCGUGAAUGUCACUUGAUAAGGCUUUACCUGCGUAUAGUGUUCGGGGUGGGGGAGGGGGUGGGGGAGGGGGUGGGAUUUCGCCAAAUAAUCACUUUUUCUACGGCCGUCUCGUAACUUUGCACGGGGAUGGAUUACAAUCGAGUGCUCGCUGCUGUCGGGAAAGCGUUAAGAGAUCCCGUGGCAUCGUGUGCGAGAGGAGACUGCCAGUGUCAUUCUAUCAUUGCCCAAGGCACACGAAGGAAGUUAACCGCAGGUUGCCCGGCGUCGAUGGUAACGCUCGCCGCUGCCACAAGACGGUGUUCUGCUCAAAGUGUGUGCGUGCUUGCACAAGGGGCGUUUAUGGGAGCGGUGGUGGAGCGAUUAGCGCGCUGCGCUACGAACCUGGCGACCUGGGUUCGAUUCCCGCUCACGGACAACGCUAGUGGCGAUUUUCUGAACCGGUUCUGGGCCCUCCCCUAGGUUAAUUCAGCCUCAAAUUAGUAUUUGGUGUGGUGUGUAAACAUUGCUACUGGGGAGACAAAGGCGGUUGGGCGUGGUGCUGGCCACCCACCACCCCCUUGUGUGCCGUUCUGGCCUUCAUAAGUGCUUGCUAACAGCACUUGCCCCAACAGUCUGUUACAGGCUAUAUGGAGGCUCUUUAUCUUUGCACAAGGGAUAUCUAUCUGGUCGCUAACGUUUAAAAUGCAACAAACUGUCAGAAGGUUGUAAAAAAAAUGUAUCAUCGUUUUUUUUUUGUAAAGCAAUAGCCUACUUAUUUAAAAUGUUCACAAUUGUAUAAACGUGACACUCA